AUAAAGUGACGUCACACGCGUGUGUUCAGGAUCGAAGGCAGAUGGUAUAUAAUGGGUCAGUCGACUCGCAGCAUCACAGUCCAAUCUGAGCAUCAACCAUCUUAGGUUUGAAGUGUUCCAAGAACAAAAUAAUAUAAAAAUGAAAUUGUUCGUGAUCGCCGCCCUCGUCGCCGUGGCCGCUGCCGGUCGUCUGGAACACCUGGAACGCUCCUACCUUCCUCCUGACAACUCCAUCGGAGUCGCGAGGUCCUUGGGUUCCCACGGGGGCUUCGGCUCCGGCUCCCACGGAGGCUUUGGCUCUGGCUCCCACGGCUCCUUCGGAUCUAACUCUGGUGCCUUCGGCGCUGCUGGAGCAGGUCUUCAGGGCCGCAACGCUGGUGCUCGCUACUCUGGUGCCACCUCCAACCAGUACCUGCCUCCUGACCAUGGACCUUCUGGUGCCCAGGGUUCUCCUCAGUUCGCUGGCUCCUUAACCGGUUUCGGUGGCCAGAACUUCCGCAGCCAGCAGCAAUACAGUGGACACGGCGCUGGCCAUGGUGCCGCUCAUGGUGUUGCUCAGCAAUACUCCGCUCCUAGCUCCAACUUCGGAUCUCAGGGUUCCUUCGGAUCUCAGGGUUCCUUCGGAUCUCAGGGCUCCUUCGGUGCCAACUACCAAGGCCAGUACUCCCAGCAGUCUGCCGCCACCAGCCGCCAGUACCUGGCUCCCAACGCCGGCUCCUACCAGAACCCCCCCCAACAAGCCUUCGACGAACAAACUGGAUACCACUACUAAGAAGCUCGUGUAAUCGGUUUUAGUCAAUUGAAACGCUUGUAUGUAUAAUAAAUAGCUUUAUAUAUUA